AAGGGGCAGCUGAGGCUUUCUGUUGACUAGGUCUUCGUCCCAAGUCAAGCCUUCCGACCGCAAGGAAACACCUAGAAUUCUGAAUACUUCUCAACACUUCGCUGUGCACAAUGCUACUGUGAUCGAAGAGUUUUCUUCCCUUUUUAUUCUUUUCUUUACUUCUUUUAUCAGCCGGGCUGAUCUUUCCGCGGGACGUUAUUCUUGACUUUGUCUUGACGACAAACUUCCAAGUCUCUUGUUUUCUUUUUCGAACCCUCUGAACCAAAACAAAACAAAAAAAAACAAUCUCUCAACCCUACUUAACAACACCUUUUACGCUCAGUUCGACUCGCCUCUCAACGACUACAAUCAUGAAGGGCCGCACCUUUUUACAACAGGCCUUCGCGGUCUUCGCAGCUCUUUCAGAUGUGCCUACCGUAACGGCGCACUCUUGGGUGGAGCAGCUACAACGUAUCGCUGCCAACGGCACCAUGAUCGACCCUGUUGGUUACCAGCGUGGUUUCGUUGCUCGCGACAAUCCAUUGUUCAAGGGCGACAUCACAGACGACUUGUGGCAGCUUCCAGCCAAUGCCCUGGGCCGCACGACCAUCCUCAAGAACGACACCAUCUGCAGCCCCCAACAGUCCACCAGCAACUACACGAGCGAGUUUACCCGACUGGUGACCGCACCAGGCGACCUCAUCUCGCUGCGUCACGAGGAGAACGGCCACGUGACCCUACCGCUGAACCAGGCCAACAAGCCUCGCAACCGCGGCACCAUCUACAUCUACGGAACCACCAAGUCGAGGUCUGACGAUACCCUCGAGGCGAUCCACAAGGUGUGGAAUGUGGAUGGAACAGGUGGUGAUGGAAGGGGUCGCCUGCUGGCGACGCGCAACUUCGAUGACGGACAGUGCUACCAGGUCAACGACGGCACCAUCUCUACGUCUCGUCAGAAGCAGUUCGACAAGGUCGCGUCGGACCUCGAGGGCGCCGAUCUUUGGUGCCAGUCCGACAUCCAGCUCCCUUCCAAUAUCACCGCGGGUGCCAACUACACCCUGUAUUGGGUCUGGGACUGGCCCACCCUGAACAAGGCCAACGCCAUGGAGGGUGAGGAAGGCGUGAAUGUCACACGGCAGGAGAUCUACACCUCCUGCAUAGACCUGAAGAUUGUGGAUCCUUGCUCUGACGAGCUUGGCGAUACCAAGUCUCCAGCCUGUUCCACGGGCACAAAGUCGAACAUUCUCAAGUCUUUCGACAAGAGCCAGUCCUAUGGAUCAGCAGCCGUCCCACAGGAGCUCACGGGAAACUUUGCUGUCAGCGUUGACGAGACGGACGCUGACAGUGGCUCCAACGAUGGCAUGUCCGCCCCG